UAACAGUGGUGAUAUUUUCUAAUCUUGCCGCAGUUAUGGAACAGUGCAACCCAGCUGAUCUAGCUACUUUCCCUCAGCGCAUGCGUACCUGGUUUUUGGAAGUCAUGAAGGAGCUGUCUGGUCUGACAGAGGAGCAAGGAGGCUUGGACGAAGAAGAACGCGAGUUUGAGAAACUGGCUGAAGCAGAGACUAAGCCAUGGCGACGCCCACUGCACUGGAAGUUUUUCAACAUGGACAUUGCGCCCAACGAUUUUCACCUAAGUGAGUCCGAGUUGAUGCCAAUGCGUGCCCAGCUUCUUCCCAUGGAACCUUGCACUGAUGCAUUCAUCGCAAGCUGCGAUACCAAUGACGAUGACUUGAUCUCUAUCGUUGAGUGGGGUACCUGCAUGGGACUGAAUGAGGAGGAGAUCCUGUACUAGACGAAGACGGACUUAGAGGGACGCUGAGUCAAGACUUUUCUACAUUUCUAUGCAACUCGUGAUAAUGGUGCUACCUUUUAAUCCGUCGAUAAGUGUGCCAACUGUAUAGAAUAGGAAUUUAAGUAGGAAGCAAGAACCAAAUUAUGUUGCUGAUGGUCAAAACAAAAUCCAGGCCUGUUAGAAAAAAAUAAGAACGGUAAAAAUGAAUCACAAAG